AUGCUGAGCGUGCCCCUCCUCCUGCUCCCCUUGGCGCUGGCUGCAGCGGGCGGCAGUGCCCGGCCGGGUUCUCCGAUGCCGCGGUGCCAGGCGGGCGGAGAGACACCCCCUCUGCCCGGCCGCAGGAGGAGCCGCUCGGUCUCCAGGACGCGGCACGUGGAGCUGCUGGUGGUGGCGGACGCCAGCCUGUACCGGGCGCUGGGCCCCGACAUCAGCCAGUACCUGCUGGUGCUCUUGGCCGCCGCUGACCGGCUGUACCGGCACCCGUCCCUGGCCAGCGACGUGAGGCUGGCCGUCACCAAGACGCUGGUCCUUCACGGCGACAGCGAGGGGCCCGAGGUCCUGCAGGAGGCACAGCGCACGCUCCACAACUUCUGCCAUUGGCAGCAGCAGAUGCGGGCCAGGCCUGAGUGGUCAACGGUGACGUACGAUGCAGCCGUGCUCCUGACACGACAGAACCUGUGUCUGGAGAAUUAUUGUGAGUCUCUGGGUCUCGCCCACAUUGGAACCGUCUGCCAGCCAGAUCAGAACUGUGCUGUCAUCCAGGAUAUUGGACUGCAAAGUGCCUUCACCAUAGCACACGAAAUUGGACAUCUGCUGGGAAUGCCGCACGACAGUUCCGACAUUUGUGCUCAAAUGGGUGAGAUGCCGAGUGCUAACCAGAUGAUGUCCAACAUGUUGGUCAGGAUCGAUUACUCCGUUCCCUGGUCUCGUUGCAGUAGUCGACUCUCUUUGGGCUUUUUCGAGAGCGGGCGAGCGGACUGCCUGCUGAACAAGCCCCAGGUCUCCCUCUCAGCUUCUGCGCCCCUCGCGGGGAGAAGCUACGAUGCUGACCAGCAGUGUCGCCUGACCUACGGACCGGGUCACCGCUGGAGGCCCGAGAGUGACCCCUGUCGCAUGCUGUGGUGUAUGGCUCGGAGGCAGGGACAGUGGCAUCAUUCCAGCAAGAACCUCCCGGCAGCCGAUGGGACAGACUGUGGAGGAGGGAGGGUCUGUCUGAGCGGAGAGUGUGUCUCCAACUGGCAACAGGCGAAACCCGUUGAUGGGAAUUGGGGUUCGUGGGGUCCUUGGGGUCCUUGUUCACGCUCUUGUGGAGGUGGUGUCCAGUUCUCUCGCCGUUUCUGUGAUAAUCCUGUGCCUGCUGCCUUUGGGAGGUAUUGUCACGGAAGGAGAGAUAUUUUCCAGUCUUGUAACGUGUCUCCCUGUCCGGACAAUGAUGGCAGCUCAUUCCGGAUCGCACCUCCUCCAGGACCUCGACAUCCUCCCAAAGGUGCAGGGCCCAGAAUUGGACGGAAUAUUCUGGUUGUGACUGGAGCUGUGUUUUGGAAAGAUUGA